AAACAGGAAAUGCCCUUUCUUCUUUACAAAACCACUGAUGCUGCUGAUAUACAGUCUGCAGAGCUACAACCAACACAGGGUACAAAAUGUCAUCCACAUCUUUCCAUGGAAUAGUACGUCCUUGUGUAACUGCAAUCCUUAUGCUGGGUUGUUUUGGGAUUUUAUGUUUUGCUUAUUUCAAGAUGCCCACUACCUGGCUGUCAAGUCAAGUGAAAUUAAAAGCACCUGCACCAAUGGUGAAAAACUUUGGUUCAAAAAAAGAGCAAAACCAGACUGUUAUACUAAUCUGGAUGUGGCCAUUUGGCAGUGCCUUUGCCCUGACCUCCUGUAGUGCCCUGCUUAACAUUGAUGGCUGUCACCUAACAUCAGACAGAAAUAUGCUAAGCAAGUCGCAUGGGGUUAUUUUCCAUCACAGAGACAUUCGCUCAGAUUUAUCAAACCUGCCACCACCACAGCGCCCAAUAUUCCAAAAAUGGGUGUGGAUGAACUUUGAAUCACCCACAAAUUCAAGAAAGAUUACUGGUCUCAGAAGCCUGUUCAAUUUGACUUCAAAUUACAGACACAAUGCUGAUAUUCCAGUGUAUUAUGGGACAAUUGUACAAGCUGAGGGGAAUAACUUCAAAAUACCAAGCAAAGACAAGUUAGUGUGCUGGAUUGUGAGCAACUGGAACCCAAGUUCCAGAAGAGUGGCAUACUAUAAUGUGUUAAAGGAACACAUUAAUAUACAUGUUUAUGGACGGGCAUUUGGGAAACCAGUCAGCGGCCAAGACUUUCAUCCCACAAUUGCCAGCUGUAAAUUCUACCUGUCAUUCGAGAACUCGAUCCACGAAGACUACAUCACUGAAAAACUGUACAACCCACUGACUGUGGGCACAGUGCCAAUUGUUCUUGGGCCAUCAAGACAGAACUAUGAGAACUUUGUCCCAGGGGAUGCCUUGAUACAUGUAGAUGAUUUUUUCUCCCCCAAAGAGCUGGCUGACCACAUCCUGUUCUUAGAUAAGAAUGAAGACAUGUACCAUCGAUACUUCUACUGGCGUAGACACUUUGAAGCAAAGCGGCCUUCCUUAUUUAUGGAAGCCAUAUGUUUUACUUGCAAUUAUGUCAGGACACACAAAGAAUACAAGGCUAUCAAUAACCUUGACACAUGGUACUGGGGCUGAUAUAAAAAAAUAUUUUAAAAAUGUGGUAUUUGGUCAUGAAAACUGCCAUUUCAAGUGCCACAUACCCUGUGAGUGUGGAGUGAGGGACCUCCUUUCCUUCUUUUAUCUUGUUUUUAAAAAAAUAAUAAUUUCAGUUAGUAAAUAUAUAUGUAUUCAAUCUGAAAUUAUAUACAAAUAUACAGUAUUUUCUUUCUCUUGUAAAAUUUUGAGCAUGAAUUAACUGUCAUACAUAUACACUUACAGUAGCAUGAUUGGUUUGUCCAGUGUAUCACUAUUGCUCCACAUGUUAUUUUACUCUGCACCUCACUGUUGCAAUUGGAAUAUUUCUUUUGUUAAGUAUGCUUAGUCCUUACACUUACACCUCUUCCCGUUGGACAUCAGAGAACAGCUGGAGGUACUUGUGGAUAAAAUGAAUGGCUCUUACCUGGACAGUGUAAUCUUCUUUCCUCUGUGAAGUUGACCUCAUGUGAGAAAUCCAAAUGAUUUUGAGUCCUGUAUAACUGCAUGAAAAAGGGAAGACCAAUGAUCCAUCAACUCAGUGCUGCAAGGGAAGUGGACAAUGUUCAGUGAGUGGGAAAUGAUCAGGUGGGCAUGUCAUUUAUGCCUGAGUUUUCUGUUCUACACACUGCAUAGCAUGUCAUUGGCAUUUGGUCUACCUUGUCACCAGAACUGUCACUUAGAUUGUAACAUGAUCAGCAGAUACAAUUCAAUUCAAUGAAUAAUCCUAACAGUAAAUUGAACUGUGACUU